AUACGCCAAAGAAAGAAAACGAGCCUCAGUGUUAUGGAAACAGUGGACCGAGUAAACAUCGAAUAUUUUUACCUCCGCUCAGUGUGACAGCUAACUGGUGGACUGACUUAGUGUCAGAUCAAGUCGCUUUAGGAAAACGAUAUCUGUGAAAAGAAGGACCUUGUGAUAUGCCCGACUUACUGUGAACAACAGGAUGGCAGCAGCUAAGACAAAAUCUCGUAAUAUAUUGGGAAAGCUAAGCUUUGGCAUUGUCACUGGUUUAGAAAAUGCAUUUCAUACAUAUGGAGCAGCCAUAUCUAAAAGGCCAUUUGCCUUUAUUAUUGCCUGUUUGGCAUUGACUGGAUUGUGUUCAAUAGGUCUGAUUAAUUUUACAGUAGAGGAGCGUCCAUUUAAGCUAUGGAUUCCACAAGAUUCAGAUUUUAUGAGGGUAAUGGCCUGGCAGAAAGAAAACUUUCCAGCAGAGUACAGAUUGCAUGUUGCUAUUUAUGAGGCUGAUAAUGUUCUGGACAAAAGUGUCAUUUUAGAAAUGCUGCGAAUCCAUGAGGCAGUUGCCAGUGCUUCUACGGCAGCAGCUUCAUGGAGUGAUGUGUGCGCCAAGAUGCCAACGAUAACUAACAACUAUUUUAGUCGCAGAAGGAGGAGUGUGUCUCAAGAAAUUGCUUCAGGGUUUUACUCUGAGCCAGUUGCAGUUCCCAGAGCAAAGCGAGAAAAUGAAGAGACUGACUGGAGUACUGUGCUGGACAGAGAAACUUAUUGUGGCUUUUAUGACAAAAUUGAUCAAGAAUGUAUGGAGCAUAGUAUUUUAGAGCUAUGGGGUUAUGAUAGGACUUACAUUGAAGACCUUACUCCUGAAGAAAUAAUUAAUGAUGUUAACUUGGAAGAAAAAAGUGCUGUCUUCGGUUUUCCAACAAAUUUCACCGAGUUUUUGGGGGACAUUGUACGUGAUGAGAAGGGAAGAAUUAUUAAAGCUGGUGCUUCAAGACAGAUGUGGAUAACACACAUUAAUCUUACAGCUAUUGAUGCUGGUGAAUUUGUUGAUGACACAGGAACUGGUAUGGAGGUAGAUAAACUCAGCUUUGAUUGGGAGAAGGAACUUAUCAAGGCAGUUUUGGAUGAAAAAGAGCGACCCAAGGGUAUAAAUCUUUUUUUGAUGGCAUCCUCUAGUUUUGGAAUGAUUAGCCAAGCAACUAUUAUGGGGGAUGUUCAGUACCUUGCAUUAGGUUUUGGUGUCAUGUUCAUGUAUGUCCAAGUUAUGCUUGGAAAGUUCAACUUAGUCGAGCAGCGACCUGUAUUGUCUUUGAUGGGGUUAUCAUGUGUUGGAAUGUCCAUUUUCACUUCAUAUGGAAUAUGUUCGGCAUUUGGUGUUCCAUUUGGUCCUGUGAACAAUAUUUUACCAUUUUUACUCCUUGGACUUGGCAUUGAUGAUAUGUUUGUAAUUAUGCAAGCUUGGAGUAAUCUCAAUCCAUCAGAGAAAAAGGAGAAGUUGGGGGAACGUAUUGGACUUGCUCUCAAACAUGCAGGUGUAUCAAUCACUGUUACAUCAGUCACAGAUUUUGCAGCCUUUGCCAUAGGAAGUGGUACUGUUCUACCAGCCCUGCGAUCCUUUUGUCUGUAUGCUGCUGUAGGAAUCGCAGCUGUUUAUGCAUUCCAGGCAACAUUCUUUGUUGCUUGGUUUGCUCUUGAUCAGCAACGUUUAGAAGAUAAACGCCAUGGUUUUGUGUGGUUCUGGAAACCCAAGAAUUGGACUCCCAACCAAUGUAGUCAAAAGGAUUUGUGUCAGACAUUUUUCCAUGAUGUAUAUGCAAAAUAUCUCUUUAAAUUGCCCUCAAAAAUCACUGUAAUCCUCAUAACAAUAGCUAUUUUAGCAGUAUCAGGAUGGGGCUUGAGCAAUUUGAGGCAAGAAUUUAAUCCAAUAUGGUUUUUGCCACAGAGUUCUUACCUGUUCAAAUUUUUCAUGAAGCAAGAGCAGUAUUACCCUACUGCUGGAGAAAUGGGGACAAUUUAUUUUGGAAGGAUGAAUUAUUUUGAGGAGAUGCCCAAAAUUGAGGAACUUGUAAAUCGCUUGGAAGCAAGCGAUACCAUUAGUGAGGUCGAUAGCUGGUUUGCAAAAUACAAGGCUUACUGGGAAAAACAGGCCAUUCAGGUUCCUGAAACGGAUGAGAAUGAAGAAGAAUUUUUUGACAAACUUAGCAUUUUCUUACACUCCCCAAGUGGGUCAAGACAUCGCAUCAGAAACUUCCGGUUUGAUGGCAUUAUAAAUUGUACUGAUCCUGCUCCCCCCAUUUUGGCCUCCAGUAUAGAAUACAGACAUCGACCAUUUUCCGGAGCAAAAGAGCAGAUUGAGGCUAUGGAUAACCUUAAAGCACUAAUAAAGGAAAUUGGCUUUGCUGGGGAAGUUAAUGCUUGGGCAAGAAUAUAUAGUGGAUGGGAAACUGAUAAGAUCAUUGAGAAAGAAUUGUAUACAAAUAUGGGUCUGGCUAUGUUGGUUGUGUUUCUAGUGACUCUUAUGCUUAUUGCAAAUUUGUACAUGAGUUUAAUGGUUUUGCUUUGCGUUGUCAUGACUCUUGUUGAUGUAGGGGCACUGAUGCAUUGGUGGGGUCUUACUAUUGACACUGUGUCCUGUAUAGACAUUGUUCUUGCUAUAGGGUUGUGUGUAGAUUAUGCUGCCCACAUUGGUCAUACAUUCAUGAAAAAAGAAGGUUCAAGAGAUGACCGUGCAAGACUGACAGUUGCAACCAUUGGUCCAGCUGUAUUAAAUGGUGGAUUCAGCACUUUUCUGGCUUUCAUCUUUCUGGCUAAUUCUGAUUCCCAUGUCUUCAUCACUUUCUUCAAGAUUUUCUUUGGUGUCGUCUUGUACGGGUUGUUUCACGGGCUUGUUUUCUUGCCUGUGCUUCUUUCAAUGGUUGGUCCAGCAUCUUAUUCAAGCAUUGUAGAUUCUCCCACGAGGGAAAGAGGAGAGAUGGAUCCUAAUACUCAGGCUCCAGGAUCUGAUGUAGAAGGGAAAGUUGCUUUCAGAAGCCCUGACGAAAAGAUGGCUUCUGCUGAGCCAACAGAAACGGAUAGUCUGACCCCUGUUAAAAAUAUUGACGCAAAUGGCUGCAUGGAAAAUGGUAAGAGUAAAUUGAAAGGAGCCAACUUAAAUAAUAUUAGUGACAGUGAAGGAUCUGAAACAGUAGCAGUUUUAUUAGAUCCCGUUAAUGAAAAAAAUAAUGAGAAUACCAAGUUGUAGUGCUUCAUAUUUAUUCCUAUGGGAAUAAACCAUCCCCUUGUAUUUAGGAGUACUACUCCUCAGCAUGAGCCGGAAUCAGUCACUUACUUGCCAGUCAGUUGAGAUAUCCUCCUCCCUAAGAACUGAGUCAUCUACAUAGAAGGUGGUGGUUUGUAUUGCCAUUGGAAAUUACAGAUUUUUAAAGUAAUUUGCAUUUAUCCUAAAUAUACAAACCAGAGCAUUUAAUCAUAUCCUUGCUUAGUUCCUAUUGCCAAAAAAAUGUGCAUGGUGACAUCAAGUGAGCAAGGAUUUCCCCCAGCUCACCCACCUACCACCAGUUAACUAUUUUCUUACCAAGUUCAGUGAAUGAUUCCAAGUCAUGCUGAUGAAUACUCCUACAUGAAAGGCUUUGGUUUAAAUGCCUUGGUAAAAUACAAAUUAUCCUCAAAAUUUGUGAUUUCUCCAUUGGUUGCUUGUAGUUUUUAAACAUUUGGUCGUAAUCUCAUUUUCUGUCUGUACAUAGUUACUCCAACAUUUUAUAUUGAACUUGUGUUACUUAAUUGAAAUCUUUUAGCCAAAGAAUUUUUCUAAGCCUAAUUCUUCAUAUCUGGAUUGUAGAUCUUUACUGAAUAGUAUAACUGAAUUAUUUUCUUUUCAUGUAUAUACUGUAUAUGCAUGUUCAUAAAUAUUGUAUCAGGGAGGCUUUAUUUAUUAAUUUAAUUAGGCUUAAUAUUGUUCACAAAUAUUUCACUAAUAAGGCAGACUACUAAGCUUCCAUUAAAACUGUAAAAGUUUUGGGGUUUCUCAAGGAUACAGGAGGAAAAAAAGUUUUCUAUCAAUUUUAUUGUACUUAGUUAUGUAUAGUUAGUAUCUCAUUUCUCAAAUCAGGAGUACCUUUCUUCAGGUAAUAGUACUGCAGAACCUCAGCCUUUCCCAGUAAAACUUUAUAUCCUCAUCUCAUACAGAUUUUUCAUAAGAAAUGUUUGUCCACUUUCAAGAAUCUCAUUACAUACCAUUUCACAUAGAGGACACUUUCCUCAAGGUCUCAUUUUCAAAUAUUUUUUUAAUUUUUGGCACAAUGUGCAAUAAUUUUAGUUAUAUGGAUGUUAGUAGUACUAGCACAAUACAUAGUUGUAGAUGUUUAAAAAGACUGUCAAGUUUUGAUUCUCUCUCUCUCUCUCUCUCUCUCUCUCUCUCUCUCUCUCUCUCUCUCUCUCUCUCUCUCUCUCUCUCUCUCUCUCUCUUGGAUGUCUGUAGAAUAGUUUCUUCGGUACUUUGUUGUUUGUUUUCUUGGUGCUGUAAGUAAGAUAGAGGGAGAGAUUAGCCAGUAGUUGCAAAAUUAGUGAAUACAUACCUCCCUUUUUUUAUGUGACAUUGGUUGGGACUAGUAUUGAGAAUUCAGUUGAGUUUAUUAGUAUAAUAAGGUAAUACAUCACUUGUUAUUGAAUGACUUAUUUUCUGUUUGUUUUGCAUUUUCUGUCCAUAAAAGUGUAACUUUUGGCACAUGAAUGCUUCAGGACUUAGCAUGUUCACAUUACAUAUUUUGAAUGAAAUUAGUAAAAUAUUAAGGUGCUUUAGCUGUGUAUUUCUUUGUUACCAAUAUCAUGAUUAAAGUAAUUACCUGACACUUCAAUAUAUCUGCUAUGAUCAACAUGUAACUUUUUAAAUUACUGAAACCCCUCAACCCAUCAGAUACCGUACGGGGUGUAGCCCAUGUUCAGUAAAAAAAAAAUUUGUGUAGCGUACACUUGAAUGAACAUUUGCAAUGCAUAUCUACAUCUAAUAGUUAUUACUCUUAUUUUAAAACCUAAAUAUUUCACUUACCAUUUGGUUUAAAAGUUUUAUCCAAAAAUUCAUCACAGUAAAGUUAGCUUAACUAAAAAAAUCUUGAUAAAACAGCUGAGAAGUAAAGAACUCAAGUUGAGGUGUUACUGCAUUAAAGUAGUAAUUGUGUUCCUUUGUUGGUUCUUCCCUUUACUUUAGCUAUUACAUAGUAAAUUCAUUAAGACACACGUAGAGAAAAGUUUUUGUAAAUAUUUGCAAGUGUCCAUUCUGCCAGAGAAUGUGAUGUUUUUGUUGAUAGUUUUUGCUUGAUUAUUAGACAUGCACAGUAUUGUGGGAGUUCCAUGAUGAGUUGAGGCUAUAUCAUACACUAAUUUGAGUUGUACGUGAUCAAUGUGAAUUUCAGUUUCAAUUCAGACUUGGUACAGUUUUACAGUACUAGUAUGUAAAAGUGAGAAGAACUAGUUAAGGCCAUCUUCUGCCUUUGAUAUUGCAGCCAUUGCUCAUAGGGUCAUUUGGACAUACAGCAAUCCUGUCGCUAGAAUUUUUGUUUCCUGAACUGUUUGGUGCUAUUAUUAUUGGCAUAGGUAUAAUCUUCAUAAGGAUACUUCCAAAUGUAAUCUUACCUUUUCAAUUAAUUUUGAAUGGCUUAUAUGGAAUAUUAUUACUGCAUGUAAAAAUGUUCUUACCUGAAUUCUUUUAAUUUUUGUAUUGUACAAGAAUAUAUUUAUAUUACUAGUCAUGUACUUAGCAAAGGAGCAUCAACACAUAGUUGAUGAUGUUUUAAUGGAAGUUAUUUCCAUCUGUAACGUUUUUGACUGAAUAUGUACAAAACAUUUAUAAUGUAUGUCUAUAAUGUUGCAUGGUUUAUAGGGACUUUUUGUGUAUCCUGAUCUUCUGUAUUUUAGUAAUUUUUGGUGCUAUAAAUGGUGUGUGUAUGUGUGGUCAUGCAGAUUUGUUUUUGGAAACAGUAUCCCUUUAAAUAUAGAUUUUUUUGUGUAGUAUUUUUAGUUGUGAGGUUUUUUUCUGUAUUUUGAAUUGUAUACAUUAUCAAUUAAAAAUUAUUUCUUA